AUGGGACUGGUUGGUGUCCAAGAAAAUGGGAAUGGAGAGGUUGGUUUGUCUCUUGGAACCAAGAAUAAGUACAGGAGAAUGGAUUCAGAAGUUGCAGAGGAUUUUGAUGAUGCUUCACAUCAUCACCAUCAGGAUAAGAGGAGCAGAAAUACUAGAAAAUAUGUUUUUGCUUGUGCCAUUUUCGCUUCUCUCAACUCUGUUCUUCUUGGCUAUGAUGUGGGAGUGAUGAGUGGAGCAAUCAUAUUCAUUCAAGAAGAUCUAAAGAUAACUGAGGUACAGGAAGAAGUUCUUAUUGGGUGUUUAAGCAUUCUUUCACUUUUUGGUAGUUUAGCUGGGGGAAGAACGUCAGAUGUUAUUGGUAGGAAAUGGACUAUGGCUUUAGCAGCUAUUGUUUUUCAAACCGGUGCAGCUACAAUGACACUUGCUUCUUCUUUCCAAGUGCUAAUAAUAGGGAGAUUUUUGGCUGGGAUUGGAAUAGGGUUUGGUGUCAUGAUUGCCCCAAUCUAUAUUGCUGAGAUAUCACCAAGUGUUGCUAGAGGUUCUCUUACCUCUUUCCCAGAGAUUUUCAUAAACCUCGGGAUAUUACUCGGUUACGUCUCGAAUUAUGCAUUUGCACAUCUUCCAGGGCACAUAAACUGGAGGGUAAUGCUUGGUGUAGGAAUUCUCCCCUCGUUCUUGAUUGGAAUUGCACUCUUCAUAAUCCCAGAGUCACCAAGGUGGUUGGUCAUGAAAAACCGAGUCGAAGAAGCAAGAACAGUCCUGUUAAAAACAAUUGACAACGAGACCGAAGUGGAGGAGAGACUUGCAGAAAUACUACUAGCUGCUGGAACCAGUACAACUGAGAAGGAUGAAGAGAAAGCCAUGUGGCGUGAAAUGUUGAGUCCAUCACCUUCUCUUCGCCGGAUGCUGAUCACUGGUUUUGGAAUCCAGUGCUUCCAACAGAUCACCGGAAUAGAUGCAACUGUUUAUUACAGCCCUGAAAUCUUCCAAGGUGCUGGAAUUCAGGAUGAGUCGAAGCUUCUUGCUGCAACAGUUACUGUAGGUAUUUCGAAAACUGUUUUUAUAUUGGUUGCUAUAUUUCUUGUCGACAAACUCGGGAGGAAACCUUUGCUCUACAUAAGUACAAUUGGGAUGACUAUUUGUUUGUUCAGCAUCGGUGUUACUCUCACUUUUAUCGGGCAAGGAGAGUUUGGGAUCGCGAUGGCAAUCCUACUUGUCUGUUCAAAUGUAGCUUUUUUCUCAGUAGGAAUUGGCCCUGUUUGCUGGGUGUUGACAUCAGAAAUCUUCCCACUAAAGCUACGUGCUCAAGCGGCUGCACUUGGGGCUGUAGGGAAUAGAGUGUGCAGUGGCUUGGUUGCCAUGUCUUUCCUCUCCAUUACUCGUGCAAUUUCUGUAGGUGGAACAUUCUUUGUCUUUUCCGUACUUUCAGCUCUUUCAGUCCUUUUUGUUUACACACUUGUUCCAGAGACGAAAGGAAAGUCAUUGGAGCAGAUUGAACUGCUAUUUAAGGAUGAACAUGAAUGGCAAGGAAGUGAAGUAGAGCUUGGAGAUGUUGAACACCUCGUGCAGAAACAAUGA